ACCUGUGACUAUAUAUAGCAUUCAUUUGCAUAUUCACGAGUUUUCUUAUCUUGUCGUCGUCGUCAUAGCUCUGAUUCGUUCACCACCUCGCUGACCUAUGACGUCCGGCAUUCAUUUUGCAUAUUCAUGGGUUUUUCAUGCCUUCACUAAGGUCACGGGAUUUGGAUGAGCCAAUCAACAUAUAUCUACGAUUCAUUAACCUCGCCGACCUAUGACGUCAUGCAUUCAUUUGCAUAUUAAUGAGUUUCAUGCAUAUCAAUGACCCAUAUGUUAAAUCAACACCGAUCUACAGCAAUCUACACCGAUCUGCAUUAUUUAUUGAUUGUCACUAGUCAUGGUUGGUAAAGUAUGAAUGGAUGGUUGACAAUGACACGUGAGGAAUCACGAUAAUAUCUCCAUGUUGAAUUGCCGGCCCCUACGAAACUUGAGGCAGAUAGCAUCACGUGACAUUAUACAAGCCUGCACGGUAACAUGCACACCUCGGAAUGCACCUAGCUGAUUGCUUAACAAUGACGUAGCUAUUUGAAACAGGACAGUAUAUAAGAGCUGACAGUCACCCUUAAUUCGUGGUGUUUUAUUCAGAGAGGGGUUUGCAGCUAACGUUGUUUCGACCAGGCUCUGUGGUAGGCAGGACAGAGACAACGGCGAGUGGUGACAUACGAACCAGGGAUCUGUUCAAACUCCGGGGCAAUGUCUGAAGCUAGGGGGGCGCACCACGUCGCACCGUCUGGCUUCGAGCCAAACAAACAAUUAGAGUACAGUUCUCAGCAUAUGAAUGACCAAAAUACAUGUCUUUCAGAGAAAGGUAGAAAAGGAAAGAUGAAACAUGCCAACCAGUCUUUACAAUCUGACCAAAAGCCAGACAGCUGUAAGAUGCGUCUCUGUAAUCGUCCUCAAAUCGAUAUACUGCGCAUUGUACAAAUCGGGCACAAUAGAAACACAAUUUCCUUUAUUCAAAAGAAAGACUCCAAUGCUAGCCUUAGCAAUACAACUAUUGUACAACUCGGGCACAACAACAUUGUAUAUAUAUACUUAGAUGACAAACUCCCCACGAACAUACUGCUAGGAGACACGGUCGUCGUGUACGUCCCCCCUGGGUGUGACGGCAGGCCCCGGGUGUUUGUCUGCGAACAGAGAGGACCUGACAACCAGAUCGUCACCCACUGUCGCCACAAGUCGCCACGGAUCUUUGAACGACAGACAUUCGGAAACUUCCGGUCACGAUACUGUCACAUGAUCAGAUCUGUCCUGCUGCCAACUGCUUCCGGCUCCAGAAAGAAAGCUGCGGACCGUCACAAGCCGUUGACUCCCGGGGACUGCGAUGUCGUGACCAUCAAGCAUAGCGGCUGGAUGGCGACUCACAAGAAGAAGAUUGAAACCUCAUAGUAGGAAAUACCCGCUUCUUCAUCCCAUCGGGGUCAAGGACACCAGAAAACCGUGAACCCUGUGUGGCUUCUCUUAUCAGAAAUAGAGAUAUAUUCACAGACCCUUUCGAAAAAAACGCAUAUUCCAGUUAGGGAUACCUUGUAAGCCAUAUUGGCUCAAGUCUAAGACAUUUUUACAUUCCCUAGGC